GGAGUGUUUCCUUUGAAGAAGAGGGAUGGCGGGUUCUCACCUCCCGGGCCCCAGGCCCCGUGCAGAAGAGGCCGGGCGAGCAGAGCCCCUAGGAUGCUGUGCCCGUCCCGGGAGGGCUGGUGGCGGGGCCCUGGUUGAUCAGACGGCAGACAGAACCUCUCGUCUUUCUGGGGCCCCCACCCUUGAGGAGCUGCGGAUCUGCACCGCAGAGGAGGUGCCCACGCCGCCCUUCAUCUGUCCCAGGACCCCAGGGGGUGGUCCUGGCUGCCCGGUUCCUUUGCAGCUCUGGUCCAUGGGCUCGGCCUUGAUGGGUUCGGUGCAGAUGCCUCGAGUGGCCAGGGCCCUGCAGGGGGGCCCUGCUGCCUCAGCCCCUGCAGGUCGUGGCUCAACCAGGAGUGCUCGGCCCCUGCGUCUGCAGCAUCCCAACCUCUGUGGGGUGAGCACGCUACCCGCCUCCCUCCCUCCCUCCGUGCACAGAGCGUGGGCCUUCUCUCAGAAGCCAGACCCUAAUGAAGGCUUUGUCUUGGUGGCAGACAACUGUCGCCAUCUUGAUCCCCACUUUUCCUGUCUCACCGUGGUGUGGAGGCGGGAGUUCAGGCAGGUCCCUGGGGAUCCAGUGUUUUGUGGUUUUAUCCUCAAGGACCCCCACCCCCACCCCACCCCCACCCCCACACCCAGCAUGCGCUGUCGUUGAUCCUGCCUGGCACGGCCUGGGCCCUACAUCUCCGGGAUUUGCCAGAAAAUAGUCUCAAAAGGUCCCUGUUACUCCUUCCUUGUUACACCAAUGAAGGUGAGGCUUUGAUCUCUGAACUAGGCCUUUUGUCCUCAGUUACGUGCAGCUGAGUUUCAUCUGUUACAUCAUCUAUGUCCAUGAUUGAGGGUCAAGGAAAGAAGGAAGGGGCUUUGCAAGACUGCUGGGGACCCUGAGGAGCCCCCGAGCACCUGGUGGCCUCCCCUCCUAGGGGCCCGUCACCGUGAGCCUUGGUGUCACCUGAAGCCGGGCCGUCUGGGUGGCCGGUCUCGGAGCCACUGUGGGAGUGCAGGGAGCUCCACCACCAGCCCUGCACCACGCGGGGCCUCCCUGGCCCGUGUCUUUCUGCCGGACGUGGAUGCCAGGCGUCCGAAGGACCAGUUUCUGGGGAGGAAGACCUAGAUGUAUCAGCGCAGCCGCUGUGGGCAGCCAGGAGGUGGCAGGGCCAGCCCGGGGAUGCAGGCCAGCGUGAGGUGGCCGUGGUUAUUGCGCUCGUCCAAAAAAUGGCAAGAACCAAGAACGCCCCACAGCUGACAGUCAAGUGUCUUUUCAAGUGAAAACUCUUAAUUAAAUGUAUUUUAAAAGCCGUUUUCACCAUCCAAGAAGGUAGGAAAUGUAUUUUGAGUAAUACGAGCUUAUUGAAAUAAACUCUCAUAACUUAAAAUCUGGGAAAGACAGUAAAUGUAUCCCUCAGAGUUCCUAAAUCAGCUCGUCUGUGUUCCUGAGUAGAGUGGGCAACAUGCUUGUUCCAAAGGUUCCGGAAUGACCCUUAGAGACCACGGGCUUCGUCUUUGGGGCAGUGAGCCCUCUCCUGGGGCCGAGGACACAGCCAUCGGGGUUGGGGGUGGGUGUGGGGUCCUGUCUGGAGGGUCCCAGAGGAGGCACUUGCAGCUCAGGGCCGCCUGCUUGGCACAGACCUCGACCGCGGGGCCUGUGCAGCCCAUCCGAGCUCCAAGGGACUCGGCCCUUCCGGGUCCUGGGCCUGGGCUCCCUUCACUCUGCUCUCAGCUCACCCAAGGCUUCUCCCUCCUGGACACUCUUCGUGUCCUUUCUUGGGUGGGCUUCCGGAUUUCCUCACUGCCACGCUGAGCUAGGCUUCGGAUUGGGUUUCCAGGUUAGCUUUGUCUUUGCCGAAGGGCUUGGGUUCAGCAUGAGCGUUUGCCAAGAUGCUGCAGGACGAAAAAGGCCAUCAGUGACUUCCUGGCGGCCCAGUGGUUAAGACUCUGAGCUUCCACUGCAGGGCGUGCAGCUUCGAUCCCUGGUCGGGGAAACACGGACCUGGGAGAAGGCUGCAGACACUAGGUCUGCUUUCUGGAGAGGCCCACGGGUCCGAGGGCAGCCGGGAGGCUGGGCUGGGGGCGAGCACGCUCACCUGACUUGUCUCCUGCGGGAUGGGGGGUCGCGGCCCAGCCUGCCGCCACGUGCCUCCGCGCCUCCGUCGCCCUGAUGCU